UUUGUAAAUUAUUUUUUUAUUAUUUUGUCAUAUUAAUGUAAAUUUUAAUUUGUUUGUUUCCAUGAAUAUUAUCAUGCUCCGUCCUAGGCUUCCAUAAAUGUAUUUCUAAAACACAAAAAACAAUAAAUGGAGAAAUCUUUACCAUUUGUUCUUAAUCCUUUAACGGAUGAUGAUGAAAUUUCACUUUUGGAGUAUUUCCUACAACUUUCAUUUUACACAACUGACUUACACAUUACAAAUUGCUGGACCCUUUGUACAAAAGAUGAAUUCAAUUCAUUUAAGAACAAUAACGCUAAGGAAUUUGGUGGCUCUCUAGUUUCAUUCUUGUUUGAUAUGAACAAUCUCGAGCCUCCUCAGUCAUUUGAGAACUCUACCAGCUCUGGAUUAUUAAACAUUGACUAUAAAAAACAACUUUUUGAGUAUGGAACUAUUUCUCCUCCCUCUGGUUUUCAAGCUAACCCUACUGGAACAUUCAGAAUGUUGCUGCUCAAAGCUUCUCUAGGCCGAGUUUAUAGCUACUCACCAGAGUCAAAGACUCCUCAACAGGAAUUUGUAAAAAUGGACUUCCCCAGCGGUUUCAACACACUUGAACUUGUGGUUAACAGUGAUCCUAAACGAUUUAACAGCUUAUAUCGAGUUUCCGAUGCUUCUCAAGUCUUGCUUUAUGCUGCAGUUGAAUUUGAGUUUACACCUCUAAAGGUCCAGGUUCCUGAUCCAGUUUGUGAAAUGUGUGAUUCAUCAAUGGCAAAGUGGUACUGCCAUUCUGACAGGGCUCAUUUCUGUGAUGGAUGUGAUAUGAAACAGCAUGGCAGCACAAGGAUAUUCUCUAGGCACGUCAGAAUUCCUUGCUCAAAAUCACCUAAUCAAUUUGGCCUUUGUGAACAGCAUCCCACUGAUGUUGUUGAUAUGGUCUGCUUAAAGUGCUGUACCCUACUUUGUAACAACUGCAUUCUAUUUGGAAAACAUAGUGAACCAUCAUUUUUUGACCAUCCUUUAAUGUCAACUCUCGAUACUUACGAGUUAUCUUUAGAGAAGAAUUCAGACUCCGACGAGAAUCUGAAGUUUCGAAAAGGACAAAUUUCUGAAAAGAUUAAAACCAGACACAAUUCGACAUCGCAGAUCUAUGCCAACUCUAAAGGUGUUGAAGAUAAAAUCGACUAUUGCAAAAAAAUGAUACUUAAUCAGCUAGACGAAAUGAAGUCUAAAAAAAUGAACUACUUAAAUUCAAUACAGCGUGAGGUUAACACUCAGCUAAAACUAAUCGACUGGAUGCAGAGCUUUUUGCAUCACUUGCUACUAUCUCUUGAUCCCUGCCAGUUUAUAAUGUUUAAGAAGCGAUAUGACUUACUUGUUAAGAAGUACUUUACUAAGGAUUUGACCAACUAUCUUGAGUUCCCCAUUUGGAUGAACAAGGAACUCACUCUGGUUGGUGACGCCACCAUAACUUCAAGCUCUGUAAGGACGCUUUCACGUACAUUUUCAAAUCCUUCUAAUCAGCCUCUUGAUUCCACUCCUACAGACUCCAAUGUUCAUCUCGAAAACAAGAGUUCUGAUAAAUUACUUGACUGGACCCCUCUAAACAUGUACGAAGAUUUCAAUGAAACUGUGGGUAGAGUAACCAAACCUACCUCUGUUAAAUCAGAUCCAGACGUUACAAAUACCCAAAACAACGUUGUUUCAACCAAAUUGGUCAAUAAAUCUCCACAUGAACUCGACGUUCUCGAUACUGCAACUAAGCUCUGGCAUUAUUUAUCUGAUUUUAAAAUGGGUACUUUAAUUCAACUUUUAAAGGUUGUUGAACUACCUGAUCGAAGCUUGUUGGUUCGUCAUCUAGUGAACCUGGCCAACCAUUUCGAACAACUCGGACCUCUUUUUACACACCUCUCAAACUAUGAAAUGAAUAAUUCAUUGAAUGAUUUUGGUUAUUGCGUCCUGUUAAGAAGUAGUGGUGUUUUGGGCGAUGUUUUAUCGUUUCUAUUCUGCUCAGACUAUUCCACGAGGGAUAAUUCGGAUUUUCUAAAUCAAAUUACACACCCUCUAGAUCAUCAUUUUAACCUAUAUUUAAAUUCUAAAUCAGACAAUGAGGAUGUUUUGAAUGAAAUGGUUGACAAUUGCAUGGUUGAGAUUGUUUUCAAACUCAUCAGUUUGGAUGUGGCUGCACUUCCCACAAGCUUUCACUUUGUUCUUUAUACACUUUCCGACCUUUUCCUAAAGCUCAAAGUUGAGUACAGGUCCUACGUUGUAGUGGAUUUCUUCUGCUCAGUUUUAUCCAGUUAUCUGCUCCGAUACUUAAACCACUACAAUUUAAGUGAUCUUUUCACCAAUUUCAACACGAAAUCUGACAAUGACCCUGAUUUGGACGAGAAAUACAACAAAUUAAAGCUAUUUGUGAGGGAGCUUAGCUAUAAAUUCGGUAGGUCUGCCAUUGUUAUCUGGGAGCUUGACUCAGUUACUCACACCGAGUCUUAUGAACUAAAGCAAUCUCAAAAGAUUUAUGAGUGGUCCCAAAACAUCCUUGCCAAGCCUAGGCUGAAAUCAAAGUUACUUCUGAAGCCUGUUUCUUCUCAGGAACUUGAUGAGAUUUGCACCUUUGUUCUUUCUCAGGUUUCUAAAUUUGAAAAGAAAUUAAACUCUGGAAGCGAUUUCAUUCCCAUCAGAGACUCUAAAGAACUCACUAAAAAAUACAACUUCUUGCACCUGUUUAAGAUGGCUCAUCAAAUACCUAUUUAA